AUGCACGCCAUUGGAUUUUGGCUGCCCCUUCUGGCCUGUCUGCCGCUGGCGCCAUGUCUUCCGAAGGCCAACACCGGGCUAACAAGACUGGAAAUCGAAGAGCUGGCUUUCAUGAAGAGCUCCCUGCGGCGAGAAAUGGACGGAGCCACGGAUCCGGGACACGUGGACUCAGGGCCGCAAGCCCAGGAGAAGGCUAUCCGGCGUGCCUAUCGCAAUAUUGCCAGGCGGUUUCGCAAGAACAUCUUCGAAGAUCAGGCGAAGUUCGAGUUUCAGAUGCGCAUCCUCAAUCUUGCCAAGGAAGCCAUGGUAAAAGGUGAGGGCCUUGGCGGCGAAGGCUGGGGCGACGAGGAUGACGACGAUGAUGAGGACGACAACGAGACGAAAGGGCCUGGACGGGAGUUGCCUGGGAACAGCCGUGCGAGCGACGACAUUCUGAAGCAGAUACACGGCUGGCAGGAGUUUGCCCUGGAGGAAGGGGUGCGGUUUGACGACCCCGAUGAGGCUUUCUUCGUGGGGCAUACGCAGCACGCCUUCCGCGAUGCCUUCGCCGCCAACUGGAGCCAUUUCCUGCGGCAGGAGUUGGCGGGGCUGUGGCCGGCAACGUCUGCCUUGCGGUAUCAGGUGGAGCUGGACGGCAGCAGCAGCCCCGCGGCGCGGGCGGACGCCCUCCUCCGCGCCCCGGAGCCCGAGACAGCGUUGGACACAGGCACACGGUGUCCCGGCCUUGAAGAAAAAGCCCUGGCCAACAACGGAAGACGUGCUGAAUCGUGCUGUGCCUUCUGCAUGCGGCGCGACAUCGUUUUGCUUGCAUAUGUCCUGUGGGACCGACGCUAUCAGACCAUCAUCGUCGGGGACGCUGCAUAG